UCAUAAUCAUUCCAACAUGGCGGACAAAAGGAAAAGAAAAAAGACGUAAAAGGUCAACAAAAAAAACCACAAAAAUCCAAACAAGUUUAACUUGAAUAGUCCUCUAGAGUCACAUGAGUCACAUGAUUUAGAAUACUGAAAGCAUGGCGCCUCGUCUGGAGUUCUGGCAAAAAGCAACUCUUCUUCUCUGUCUUUAUGGAUUCUUCAAAGAGAUGAAGCCCUCUGAGCCAUUCUUGACUCCUUAUCUCAAAGCACCUCCGAAAAACUUCACCGACAAACAGCUCGAAAACGAGGUUUAUCCCGUGUGGACGUACUCCUAUCUCGUAGCUCUAUUCUUGGUUUUUCUUUUCACUGAUGUUUUAAGGUACAAGCCUGUCAUCGUUGUCGAAGGUUUGGCGUAUUUGACAACGAGGGUUUUAUUAAUAUGGGCGACAAGUGUGCGUGCAAUGCAGUUCAUGCAGUUUGCUUAUGGUGUAGCUACAGGAGCAGAGGUUGCUUAUUACUCGUAUAUAUACGCAGUUGUAGAGGCAGAGCAUUAUCUUCGAGUUACUGGCUUUACGAGAGCAGCAGUGCUGGCUGGUAGGAUGAUGUCUGGGGUGGUAGGUCAACUGCUCAUCUCACUCAGUGUUACAGAUUACCUCACAUUGAACUAUAUUUCCAUGACAAGUGUUUGUAUUGCACUGGUUAUUACCUUCAUCUUGCCAUCAGCAAGCGGAAACGUGUUCGGUAUUGUCAAACCUGGAGAAAAUCAAAGUGAAGUGCAAGUUUAUGGAGCUACCAAUCACAGUGAUGAUAGUUCCAUAGCAACCGAAAAUGCUGCCAACUGCUUCCUUAAAUGUUUCAGUUCCUGGAAAUUAUCAUUACGCUUGAUGUGGCGUGAUUUCAAGGAGUGUUAUUCCAAAAACGAGCUGUUAAAAUGGUCUCUAUGGUGGGCCUUUGGCACAUGUGGUGAAUUCAUGGUCGAAAAUUAUGUCCAAAAUCUCUGGGACGACAUUUAUUCCGCACGCAAGCACAAGAAGAUUUACAAUGGUGGUGUCACUGCCUUAUCUAACGUUUUUGGUGCUUCUGUUGCUCUUCUGUUAGGCUACCUCAAGGUAAACUGGUCAGUGUUUGGUGAGCUGGUUCUUGGCGUGGUCAGUGUCGCAGAUGCAUUCUUUCUGUACAUCAGUGCUCAUACUUCUAGCAUAUGGUUGGCAUACUUGAUGUACAUUCUCUUUAGAAUGGCAUACACAUUUUUGGUUACCAUUGCAAGUUUCCAGAUCGCAAAGAAUGUUGGUAUGGACAGGUAUGCACUUGUGUUUGGGUGCAACAUGUUUGUCGCUCUACUAUUACAGACUAUUCUCACUGUUAUAGUGGUGGAUGAGAGAGGACUGUCACUAGAUAUAAUAACACAGUUUGUAGUAUAUGGCAGUUUCUUCUUCAUCCUCGGAGCAGUAUUCUUGGGUAAAGCAAUGUACACCAUGACAAGAAUAGGAUGGAGGACAUGUUGGAACCAACGAUAUGUGACAGACGAUAGGCAAGAGUUGAUUGAACAGUCUCAUGGGAAUGAUGGAGACACAGAAAGUAAUACAGACCAUCAUGGUGUCAGUACUGACCCUGGCCAUGAAAGUCAGAAUGCUGUUGUGUAAAUACUCUGUUGAACUAUUUUUAGAUGCUAGCAAGCUAUAGUAGAGAAGGCAUAAGGUCGAGAUGGAGGAAUGGUGAGCUUAUAAAAUACAAUGUAAUCACAUGGAAGUCCAUCUGUCCUAAGUGCUGCUCACCACGUGAUAUCCUCUCCAAAAAACGUUGCUGCUUCUAAUUUAAUUAGUCUGUAUCCAGUCUACUUCGCAGAACAAUGAAAACCAAUGAACUUUAAUGAACUAAUAUUAAUUAUGAUUACAAAAUCCUAGAUAUACUACUGAUAUUAUCUUAUACUGCCUCUUAAUUUAGAAUUACUUAUAUAAGAUAUAAUCGAUGAAUAGAUCGGACUACUUUUUGCCAUACUCUUAGCCUUUAAAUUAGCUACUAUCAUCUAAGUAURAUUGGUAAAUCUUCACUCGCUUUUUUCACUUAGAGUUUAUCAUUAUUCGUAUUUUGUUGUUGUUAUUAUGAUUUAAAUUUUUGUUAGGGUGCACUUAAUUUGGAGCCAAGCUCUGUUGUGCUUACCCCUUCCAUGAUAGCUUAGGAACUUAGAUGAUUGUCAUGAAUAAAGUUAUGCAAAUAAUUAAAUGCAAUGCAUAUAUGAAGAAAUGAAA